CCAAGUUUCGGACGCGCGAUCCUCGACCCGGCGCUCUUUUUCUCACUAUCGACUAUUGUUAUUACCGCGAAAUCUCUAAUUUUGGGUCUGGCUUAGAGUGCGGACAACCGUUUGUAACGACCAUUGAAAGUGUCUGUAUUAUAGCAAAGCUAUCAAACUUAUCCGUUCUAGCUCCAGGAAAGGUGGAUGAGAUGGGAUCGUUCGACGUUAACGUCGAACAACGUACCGUUUCUUUAUGGUGGAACUUACCUUUUCCGCUCAAUGGUGAAGUUGAAUCCUACCACAUCAAAAUCUACCAGCAAAAAGAUCAUGCGCCGCUGUUGGACGAAACAUACGAAACUCCGAGACAAGUAUCAAAGUGUAAGCUGUCGGAAAAAUCGGUAUGCUUGGAAAAUGUUGAACUUCGAACAAACUUUUCAGUCCAGCUCGAUGCGCAGAUCCGGGCGAAAAACAAGGACGUGUCGUCGCUUGGACUAGUUGCAACCCACAUAGUUUUGGAGAGCGAUUGGCGCACCGCCGAACUCACGCGGCCGGAGCAUUUGGACCAGAUCAUAGGGGAUGAUGGAAUAGUGACGGUGAUGUGGAAACAUCCGCCACUGCCCAAGUUCAAAAUCACACGAUUCGAAGUCAAAGCUGAGCUCCUGGAAUCGACGCUAUUGAAUACUAAUAGUAAAAGGCAAAAUACUACAACUGCGAAUUAUCCCGUGAAACAGGAACAGAAAACAUACAAUACGUCGCUUCGCCUUAGAACCUCGUCGACAUAUCAAAUUGUAGUGACAGCAACGAAUGAGAAGAAUCCUUCCAGCGGGAUAGUAGAUUCGUAUAAUAUUACAAUCCCUUUCAAAGCCAGCUUUGCGAGCGGAGCUAAACUUCAACUCACGUGCAAGGGUAGAAUACCAGGUGUCGAAAUUCCAGCAAUACUUAAUGCCACGCAAAGUACAACAGUCUUUAUAAACGCUGUGAGAGUGAUCAAGAAGGGGAACAUUCAGACGGAUACAGAAAACCUUUCUCUCAACUAUACGGUGAAACGCAGCGAACCUCGUAACUUCAGUUUAAACUUCAGCCAGAAGUACAACAUCACGGAGAGCUCUGCCGAAACCGAAGAAUUUCGAAUCGACGUCCGCGCAACAGAUACCGACACUGGCGAAAACACCACCCUCGAAACUAUCGAACAAUUUACUUGCGAUUCUGCCAAUCUUACGAUAACCGGUGAAAAUCCGCCUUCGGCAUUUGCUGCUGUAGUGAUUCUUCUCAUCGCAGUAGCUAUACUGCUAGUGUCAUUUCUGGUUUGGUACCGAAAAUUCAGGCAACCUGCAAAAGGCAAAACCUGUCUGGAUAAUGAGCCGCUCAGACCACGAUCAACGGUGCGUGAUAACUUCAAGUCUUCUUGGUCCUCGGAUGAUUCAACACGUCCGGCUAGUCUGUCGGAAAUUCGAAUAUCAAUGCAACAGAAGGUACCUGAUUCAGCAACGCGCAAUCCCCAUUCGUGCCCCGUAAAAGUCGAGGAAUUUGAAAAGUACGCAAAGGAAGCCUUAUCAAUCGGAUUGCUGGAUAAACAGUACACGGAGUUUGAAAAAGGGCUACAAAAAUCGUGUGGCUGUGGCUCCCUACCAGAAAAUAUGACCAAAAACAGAUACAAGAAUCAGAUAGCAUAUGACGAGACGCGAAUCGUGCUAAAGAAGCUUGACGCUGAUCCCUAUUCCGACUACAUCAACGCCAAUUACAUUCAGGGAUAUCAGAAUCCGAGAGCUUACAUAGCGACGCAGGGACCGUUGAAGGCAACGGUGAGAGAUUUCUGGAGGAUGGUUUGGCAGGAAAACGUGAGCGUGAUAUGCAUGUUGGCGAAUACGGUCGAGCGAGGAAAGAAAAAGUGCGAAGAAUACUGGCCGAACGUUGAAGGAACGAAUAAAAAGUGCGGUGACAUUAUGAUCAGAAACACAGACGCGGAUGUGUUUGCCGACUACACAUUCCGGACACUUCUCCUCACUUGCAAGGGUGAAAAACGCACGGUGACUCACCUCCAUUAUACCGGAUGGCCGGAUCACGGGGUACCGAUGUACACCCAAUCGCUCGUCGCCUACCUCAACAAACUCCUUGGAACGAAUCGAGGCAAGGGUCCGGUCGUUGUUCACUGCAGUGCCGGAGUCGGUCGGACCGGAACGAUCAUUUUAUGCGACAUCUGCCUGCAGCAGGCGGCAGUUGAGAAGAAGAUCGACGCACCAGCGGUUGUAAUGAGAAUGCGCGAGGGUCGUGCGAAUAUGGUGGACAGUGCGCAACAGUACAUGUUGGCACAUUUGGCAAUACUUGAGUGUAUGAUCGCGGCACAGACUCAAGUCCCAUGUAGCUAUGAUUUACCGGAUAGAGUAAAGGAACUUAGAAAACAAUUGACGUCCGAUUUGGGAAGGCUUAACGAUACCGUUUGGCAGGACCGAGUGCUGCAUGCUUUGGCUUCACCGCCGCCAGAUUCGCCGUGGGUUUCAGGUGAGAAUGAAGCAUCGCAGGGUAUCGGUAACGAGAACGAUUUCAUUAAUCCCGUAAUCGUCGACGGUGUGAAAAUGAAAAGUCAAUACCUGGCAUCCCGGCUACCGUCGCCAUCCACAGUUUCUUAUUACUGGCAACUGGUUGCCAUGAACAACCUUGAACUUAUAGUAACAUUGCAAUGCCCCGCUCGAGGGAGUUCGAUAUACUGCGACAUCGUGUCGGAUGAAUUCGUCUUCUUCCCAACGCCGGACAUAAAAGUGGAAAAGAAAUCAAAUACCGAGAGCGAACAUUUCACAAUUGAUAAACUUAUUCUUACCGACACCUCCUCCAAGGAGGAAGCCAAAAUUCUACCAGUAACCGUCCUCACCUGCAAAGGAUGGAAAUGUGACCGAAUGAGAAAACCGCCCGUUGUUACAGCGUUGGUAUCACUUUGGCGAGAGUCGGAAAAAAUACGUCGAAACGUGGCACCGAGUUUGGUACUUUGUCAGGACGGCGUAACCGCUUGCGGCCUGUACCUGGCACUUAGUUUUCUACUUGAACGGAUGGCCGUGGAGAGAGAAUGCGACGUUAUUUCAGCCGUUCGAGCGGUCCGACGAUCCAGACCUAAAUUUGUACAGUCACUGGAACAAUUCAACUACCUCUACGACGCGGCAAUAAAUUACCACGAGAGCUUUGCCACCUACGCCAAUUUUUCGUAACUCAAUAUACCAAACAGUAUGAAGCUGAUAUUAAAUCUCGGACAAAUUUCACAACCGUAUUUUAUACGUAGCAUAUUAAUAAAAUAAAUGUCCUUCGAUGACGAUUCUUAGAUCUGGUAUUACGGUAUAAUUAUUAUCAAUUCCAGUGUUAUUAUUGUACACUAAUUAUGGUUGUUGUUAUUAUUAUUACUAUCAUUACUAUUGUUGUAAGCCAGAGUAAUUAGUCAUAUUCUUCGAGUGAUAAUUAUUUUUCUAUUUCUUACACUGAAAAACUUUGAAUAAAAACUAAGAUUAAAGAAAGCC